AUGAGCGCCCGAAUGGCCCGCGAGAUCAAGCUGCUGACGUCAGAGCCACCUCCUGGAGUGUGUGCCUGGCCCAUUAACGACCGCUAUGAUGACAUCAAGGCCCAAAUACAGGGCCCGAAAGGCACAGUGUACGAGAAGGGUGUCUUCACCUUGUCUGUUCACAUCCCACCCCGCUACCCCUUUGAGCCGCCGCAAGUCCGCUUCAUCACACCGGUCUACCACCCCAACAUAGACACCGGAGGAAGGAUCUGCUUGGACUUACUCAACAUGCCCCCCAAGGGGGCAUGGAGGCCUGCUCUGAAUAUCAGCACUGUGCUGGCAAGCAUCGGUCUGCUACUGGCAGAUCCCAACCCUGAGGACGGCCUGAUGACAGAUGUGGCAGCAGAGUAUAAGCUCAACAGAGCUGCAUUUGACAUGAAGGCCAAGCAGAUGACUGAGAAGCAUGCAGUGGAAGCAAAAGAGAGCGCUGCUGCAGAGAGCAGUGACGAGUGUGGGAAGGACAGUGGUGAGGCCUCCCCAUCUGCAGCAGCAGCCCCGGCAGAGCCUGCAGCUGAGACUCGUCGCCCUGACUGUCAGGUAAAGGCAAAAUACACAGUAAAGAUGGGCUAA